AGAGCCAAAAGAUUUUUCAUUAGUUUUGUUGUUGUUUGUGAGUUUGUGAGAUGUAAAAAAGUGAAAUUAUGAACAUUUCGAUCUUUUUAUGUUCUGAUAAUGACUAAAAUUUAUCGAAAUUAUAAGAUUUUCACCUAUUACCCGUUUUAAAAAUCAAUUUUCAAUAAAACUAGACCUAAAAAUUGAUUAAAAGUAUUUUUUUCUACCCGCAACAGCCAGAUUUCGUACCAUGUGACUUCUAGCUUGGCACCACAACUGGUGUACUUAUAAAAAAGGUAAAUUUAGCAUACGAUAGUGAUAUCAAUAGAAAUGGUUCUUGAAGAAAAAGAAGAAGCGUUGAUAGAUCAAAAUGGAGGUAGCGCACAAACUUUUGGAGCUGUCAAUCGUACUCGAUCAUCAUGGAAAUUAUAUUUAUGCGCAUUGACAGUUGAUCUCCUUCUAGUCACUUUUGGAACCACAGUAGCUUGGCCAUCGGCAAUAAUUCCAAAACUAACCUCGAACGACACCGACGUAAAUCCGUUGAAAGCACCAAUAACAACUUUACAAGUAUCUAUAAUAGUAUCCACUCCAUGUUUUGCGAUAAUAUUUUCAUCAUGCGUCGCUGGUAAAUUAGUUGAUAUAUUAGGAAGAAGAAGAAUGUUACAGUGCUGUUCGGUUUUUCUAAUCCUUACCAUGACUAUAAUAGCUUUUAGUAAACACGUUUACUUCUAUUACGCAUGUCAGUUUGUUAACGGUUGUAUUCUAUCAGCUGUACUUGUCACAGUGCCUGUUUAUAAUAACGAAAUAGCUACUGAAAAAGAUCGUUCUUGGUUGGGUUGCGUUGUAAGUUUAGGUUUACCAAUUGGUGUAUUGAUUAGUUACAUAUUAGGAGCUGUUAUAACUAGUUUUGAAUUAUUUACUUUAACUAGUGUAAUACCGUCUUUAUUACAUCUAGUAUUAUCUUAUUUUAUAGUGGAAACACCGAUGUAUUUAGCCAGUAAACAAAGAAAACGUGAAGCUUUGAUUGUUUUAAAAAAAUUGAGAACGUAUAAAAACGAUAAAGAUGUUUAUAAGGAAUACGAAUAUAUUGAAGACAUUUCUACUAAUCAUUUUGGUAAAAAAACGAAUAUUUUCCAUAUAUUUACGAGUAGAACUUCAAGAAAAUCUUUAUUUAUUUGUAUUAUCGUUACAUUUACUCAGCAAAUAUCUGGUAUUAGUAUAAUUUUGUCUUUUAUGGUUCCAAUAUUCACAGAAGCAGGUGCUGCUUUAUCGCCAAAUGAAAUUAGUAUAUUAACCGGUUCCAUACAACUUCUCGUUGUUAUUCUAGUUUCUUUGAUAGUUAAUAAAUUUGGUAAAAGACCUCUUUUAUUAUUUUCAUCAUUUUUUUGUUCAAUAUCAAUGCUUGGAAUCGGUUUAUACUUUUUAUUGAAAAGUAUCGAGUUACCAGUCUAUUUGCAACUCCGUUGGUUACCAGUUGUAUGCGUUAUAACUUUUAUUAUAUCCUACGGUUUGGGAUUGGGAUCCAUACCGUUGGGAUACAUAGGGGAGUUGUUUAAACAAGAUUUAAGAACGACAGGAAUGGGCGUCGCUAUGUUAUUUGGAGGUGUGUUGGUUUUUGUUUUAGAUUUUGGGUUUCCGUUGCUGGCGGAAGCUUACGGUAUACAUGUUUGCAUGUUUUUAUAUGGUUUUGCUACUUUUUCCGGUUUUAUUUUGUUACUUUUAUUUCUUCCGGAAACUAGAGGAGAAAGCUUGAAGAGUAUACAGAGAAUCAUUGAAAGUAAAACUAUACAAUUGAAAGUUUGUGGAAAAAGUUGAUUAACGUUCUUUAAAAUGUAUUAUCGAUGAAUUUUUCAAUUCACUGGAAGUUUUUUAAGCAGCUCUUACAGUGAAAACAUAAUUUUUUCAAUUUGAAAUUCGUCUACAAACAUAUAAUAAACGAAUGCUGUUAAUUCUAACCUUAUUUGUAUUCAACCCUCGUAUAUCAAACAUAGUUCCUUGUGUAGUCUAACAAAUAUCAAACUGUUGUGGAUUAAAUUUUAUUUAUUUCCAUUUUUCGUAUUUAUUUUUAUAAAAAAUAUAAUAUAUUACAACUCUA